CUGGCGCCGGCUAGAGUGUCCCUUCAGCCAGUGUUUCUUGGAGCCUGGACUGGAGUCACGUGAUUGCGGUCGGCGGCGAUGUCUCUGCCAUUGCUCUGUGGGGGCAGAGGAGUGCGCGGGGCACUUCCGGGGCAGCCGAGACCCCAUCAGCAUCCCACAGACUACUAUGGAUACCUCAGAGGAGCCUGAGACAGAGACUUCUGCUGUGAACGGUGAGGAAGAGGAGGAAGCAGAGGGGGUGGUACACCCCGUGGCACAUUCUAGCCAGACACCACCACAGUCUAGCCAGCCCCACCAAGUGAGCAUGGAUGAGCCUGAUGAAGGAAAGAGACAGCUACUGGUGUGGUGCUUCCCCAUUCCACACUUGCAGAACAUCUGACCCUGAUGAGGAGGAGAAAGCAGAGGAUUAGGGAAGACAUGUUCAGUGAGAUCCUACAAGCCAGUGCUGUAUCCGACUAUGAACAAAGAGCUUGGAGGGCCAAUAUGAUUGACAGCCUAAAGAAGGAAAGAAAGGACAAGAGAGAGGCCCAGGAACCCCAGCAGGACAAAGAGAGGGAAAUGCACCAGGACAUAAUGAGACUUCUCAGGCAGCAAACCCAAAUGCUGCAGCACAUGGUUGACCUAUAGAUCCAAAAAUGUUAGACGCUCCACCUUUUCAGCCCUUGGAGAACUCCCUGGUUUCUGCUCCCUGCACUUCCCAACAUACCACAUAGCAUCAAGGGGAACAUCCUUAUCCCUAUCAUUCCUCGCCAGGAACAGCAAGGAAAACCACAGCUUCACAGAACCAUGGUUGGUGUAUGUGUAGCCACAACGGACUACACUUGUGCACGGAAGUGGACAGAAAUGUUUGCUGCCUUUCCAAUUAUAAAAUUCCACUCCAUUAAUUUGUUAGAAUUUUGUAUUACAUUGCCUUUGUUUUGGUUUUUUGCAUUGUUUUUCUGCACUGUUUUUCCCACUCAGUAAAGUUCUAUUUUUGGAGAAUAAAAUUCUUUAUUAGUUCACAGUACAUAUUGUAGAAUGCAUAUCAGUACUCAAAGCAAACAGUACUUGUUAAUGUCCAGCAAGCACCACGUAAUUCAUAGCUUCAGGAAAACACCUAGUCAUAUUUAUAGCAGCACCCAAAGCUCCAGCUCCAAAGACUAAUCCUGCACCAAAUGCUACUGUGGCUGACCGCUAAAGUGCUCUUCCAAAGCCUCCCUCAGCUGCAUAGCCCCACAUGGGCUCUUGUAAUGGCCCUUGUGUCUGGCUGCUCCAGCUCCACCCCGGCGGGAGCUUUUCCCCCUUUGCCUCACAAAUAUUAUGCAGAACACAACAGCUAUAACUGUCGGGAUAUUUUUCUCGUUGACAUCCAGCUAGCAAGUAAACAAUUCCAGAGUGUCUUCAGUCUACCAAAAGCACAUUCAGCCACCAUUCUGCACCUGCUGAGCCAGUAGCUGAAUCUCUCCUUGGAGCUGUCAAGGUGACCAGUGCAGGGCUUCAUGAGCCAGGGGAGAAAGGAGUAGGGUGAGUCUCUCAGCAUCACUAUUGGCAUUUUAAUUGCUGAUGGUAAUCUGCCAGUCGGGAAAGAAUGUCCAGGCUUGCAGCUUUCUGAGUAGUCCUGUGAUCUUAAAGAUGCAAGUGUUAUGCACCUUCCCUGAUCCCAGUCCACAUUGUUCUUAGUGAAGUAUACCCAGUGAUCCACCAACACUCGCAUAACCAUAGAAUAGCAGCCCUUUCUAAUGAUGUAUUCUGUGGCAAGGUGGGCAGGUGCCAAAAUACGGCUAUUGCCCCACUGCAGUUCAGGAACCACCAUUGUUGCAAAAAUCCAUCCACUAAGUCCUGCACAUUGCUGAGAGUCCUCCAUAACAGGAAACGAUUAGUGGCCCUAUAUACUUGCAUUAUGGCGGCCCCUCCACUGUGGAAUUUCCAGCUGCAAAAUGAUUUUCCACUGACUGGUAGCAGUCCGGCAUUGCAAACUUCCAGAGACUGAUCUCUACUUGUUUUUCCAUUGUCAAUGCAGUUCUCAUUUUGGUGUCACUGCACUGGAGAGCUGAGGUGAGCAUGGUACACAGAUCCAGGAAUGUGGCCUCCGCAUCCACUUGUCUCAAACCUGUCCAGUCAGUGUUUGUUUCUGGGGCCCAAAAGUAAUGCUCCACCAUCUGCAGCUGCUUUGUGAACACCACCCACAACCUUGAAUUGUUUUUCACUAUGUCCCUUAGCAAGCUGUGCUCGAAGAAAUUGUCAUGUCCCCCAUUCUUGCUGUACUUCUGUGGGUUUCCAAAUAAAAGAGAAUCGAGCAUCCUAUAUUUGCAACAUUCAUGAGAACAGCGCAGAGCUCUGCAGGCUCCAUGCUUCUGAGAGAUGGCGGAUACUGAAAAGUGCUGUACAGAUUUCUGGGAUUUUUUUUUUAAAAAGGCAUGAAAAUUAUGGGAUAUGGAUGGCAUUAGGAAAUUCAGCAAGUUGCAUGCUGGGAACUUGAUCCUUGCAUCCAGAGAUCACUGGGCAAGUCAUUUCUAUCCGCAACAUAUUGUGAAAAUUUCCCAAAAGGCAUUGCACCAGAUGGCAGCAUGUGACACACUGGGAUACCUACCUGCGGUGCACUACACUUUGCAUCGACGCGCUCUUGCUGAGUACCUGCAGUGCCAAUGCAAGCCAUGUGUGUACACGCCCAAGCAAUAUACAAGUUUUGGUGGCUGUCUGCCAACAUAACUUGCAUCGACCAAAGUGUGCAGUGUAGAUGCGGUCUAAGACUUCUUUAAACACUGAAUGCAGUAACCAUCUCUGAGGGGGACUAUCAUGGUGAAGUAUUGUGCAGCAUAUAACUGCAGUAAUGCAGACACAAAGUUAAAUCGGAAGCAGGGAAUAACUUUUCAUAGGUUUCCCAAGGAUAAUAAGAAAAAACAGCAGUGGGCCCAGGCAGUACAUCGGGCUGACCCUGUGAGUGGCAAACUCUGGACACCAUCUGAAUGGGAUAUGAUUUGUUCUCAACAUUUUAAUCCUGGCUGCUUCAAAGAAAUUAAUGGAAAGAAAUUUUUAAAGGAAGGGAGUUGUCCUUCUAUAUUUUCCUUUCCUGACAAUUUUCAGAGAAUAGAUAAUUCUCUACGGAGAUCAGCGAAGAACUCCAAAUGUGCUGGAAUAUUUCGAGAAAAUCCUCCUCUCAAGGCAGAUCCCAGUGAGGUGUAUGUUACACCAGCCACGGUAAAGAAAACAGCGAACAACCCCAAAAGAUUAACUGAAAACUUCAGCUGUGUUCAUGAGGUAGACACCAGUGGGGUGUGUAAUACACAGGACACAGUAAUGACAGACCACCAUUACCAUAUCACAGACAGUCCAAAAACUCUGAAGAGGAAAUUGGAUGAACUUUUAGCAGAGAAUCACAAGCUCAGAAGAAAAUUAAGAAAUGCUUCUGAUCAAGAAGAGAGACUCCAUAAAAAUGUGGAAAUCUUGUUGGACAAGCUGCACUCUAAAGACAUGUUGUCAAGGGAAAUAUUGUGAUUGCUAGAUCUGUGCAAAGGGCAUGGGCUGAAUGACAGGUCUUCUGUCCCACUGCACUCAGCUGUUGGAUAAGAAAUGUUCACUAAUGUUUAUUGCUAUACAUGUCAUUUUUGAACAUAUUUAUUAAAUAAAAAGAUGUAAACAUUACUGAAGUUUUCAUAUAAAAGCUAGAAACUUCAAAGUUAAGAUUGGCACUUGUGUUGUUCAGGGAGUGAAUGUCAGCCUUUUCCUUUAAUUCCCUGUCUCUUCUUCAUUUGUCCCACAUGGUUAUUUUU